GCAUUUUCAGCAGAUGCCCACUUCAUCAGUGCCGUCGCUGUAGUCUGCUGGCUUGAUAAUCAUGAGCUCGGACGUUAUUAAACGUGCGAAUCCGGCUGAUGAUUAUGAGCUUCUGCAACGGGUAGGAUCAGGCACCUAUGGCGAGGUCUACAAGGCACGACAUAUCAGGAGCGGAGAGUUGUCAGCUGUGAAGGUUGUAAAACUCGAAGCUGGAGACAACUUUGCCAUUAUCCAGCAAGAAAUAUUGAUGAUCCGGGAAUGCUCUCACCCUAACAUUAUCGCAUAUCAUGGCAGUUAUCUACGGCGAGACCGAUUGUGGAUUGUGAUGGAGUACUGUGGAGGAGGUUCACUGCAGGAUAUCUACCAUAUGACUGGACCAUUGUCAGAGCUUCAAAUUGCUUUCGUAUGUCGCGAAACAUUAAAAGGUCUGGAUUAUCUGCACAAGAUGGGAAAGGUACAUCGUGAUAUCAAGGGUGCAAAUAUCCUCCUCACGCAUGGAGGCGAUGUGAAAUUGGCUGAUUUUGGUGUUGCUGCACAAAUAACUGCCACACUUGGGAAACGAAAGUCUUUCAUUGGGACACCUUACUGGAUGGCACCUGAAGUUGCUUGUGUGGAACGUAGAGGUGGUUAUGGCGUUCAGUGUGAUGUUUGGGCUGUGGGUAUAACAGCUAUUGAAUUGGCUGAAUGCCAACCUCCUUUGUUUGAGCUCCACCCGAUGCAGGUUUUGUAUCUCAUGACGAAGAGCAGCUUCAAACCUCCACAUUUGAAGGAGAAACAUCGCUGGUCGCCGCUGUUCCACGAUUUUGUUCGCCAGUGUCUCACGAAAAAUCCGAAGAAGCGACCUGCACCUGACAAGCUUUUAGCAACUCAUCACUUCGUGCUCGGUUCUUUGAGUUCGAGAAUGACAAGAGAUCUCCUAGAUAAGGUGAAUAACGGCUCUUCUGCUCGGCUGCUUCAUCGGGAAAGUCAAGAGGAAGACGAUAAGGACAGCGGCGAAGAAGAAGAGGAAGAUUUGCGUCCACAAAAUGUUCCACCAAUGCGAAUUGGCCUGCCGGACCGUCUAGAUGGUCUUCGAUUAGGUGGAGUUGGACGAAGUCGCGACGUCACACCAUCGACUCCAUCGUCGAUUUCGUCAGCGUCCUCUCGCAGCACAUUCCAUACUGAUCGUACGCUUCCUGCAAGGGACAUGCCGCCAUUGCCCGAUGUAGUCUCUGGGGAUGCACUGCUUCAUGAUGGUAAUGGCGUUAUAGAGGAUGACGUGGGAACAUUAGUCGCUCCAAGAGCUGCACCGCGAACUCUGCGAGCAAUGCAAAGCCCCGCACAUAGAUCCUCUUCAUUGGAACACAAUGAUGCCGUCCGUCUGCGGCCGGUUACCGCUGAGGAAGCUGAUCGACCGAAAACAUACUUUGGAAUGCCUGUUACACCUAAGGUGGUCAUGGGCGCUUGUUUCACGAAGAUGGUCCAUGAAUGUAGUUUGCGGAUUAACUGCGCUGGUUCAUGGAUACAUCCGGGGACAGGUGCACAGUUCCUGCUCCUCGGAUGCGAGGAGGGAAUCUAUGCCGUCGAUACAAAUAAGCUGUAUGAUGGAGAUUUAAAUAAGAUCCAUCAUAGACGAUGUUCGUGGUUAUAUGUACAUCAUGAUGUACUCAUGGCCAUGCAAGGCAGGACCUCCUAUCUGUACAGACAUGAUUUGGUGGCACUUUCUCAGAAGAAUCUCACUUUGCGUAUCAGCAAGCCAAUCAAUAAAGUACCCGAAAGAUACAUUCCCAAAAAACUUGCGAUAACGGUCAGAUUGCCAGAGACCAAAGGUGCCAUGCAGUGCACGACUUCACGGGGCACAGGUCCACAGGCAGGAUCUGUAUUUCUCUGUUGUUGCACUCCUUCUUCAGUUUUGUUGUUUCAAUGGUAUGAACCUCUGAACAAAUUCUUGCUCGUGAGGUCAUCUGAACUUGACAGUUCCUUACGAUUUCCGCUAAGUCCUUUUAAGUUGAUCAACGCACGCACCGAUUUUCCUCAGCUUUGUGUUGGUGUACAGGCUACUGAGAGUAACGACAAGUACGAAUUCAGCUGGGUGAAGUUUGAAGACAGAAAGAUAUUGAAUCCGACGGAAACUCUUGACGUUUCUAUGUUCAACAACGCGAAGCUUGAUGUAGUAGGAAUGUCGCAGAUUGGGAAGGAUUCGUUACUGUUUGCCUACAAAAACAAGGUAGUUAUCACUGACCUAGAGGGACGAGAGAAGACAAAAUUAGCUGUGUUUACCUUCAAUUUCCACAUAGAAUAUAUACAUACAAUGCCGGAUUCAAUAUUGGCUUUCCAUUCUCACGGAGUACAGGGAAGAUGUCUAUCGAACAAUACCGUAACGCAAGAUAUCUCCGAUAUGUCAAAAAUCUAUCGCGUAAUAGGCAAUGACAGGGUGAUCGCAUUGAAAUCGCAUCCGUUCAAGUCGUUAGUGUCGGCCCUAAGGGCCGCUUGCAAUCUAUUAUUGCAAGAAGCAGUCGCUCGCCCUAUGUGUAGCACAAGCUGGAUUACGUUUAACAUUCAUUUCAAGCUGCUUCAGACGAUACUUAUUUCAUCAAGUCACUUUGCUAGCGAAAGGUCGUUUAAAACCACUCUAAUUCGUCUGCAUGUAUGUGUGCCAAGUCACAUUUGCCAAGGCUGCUUCACACUUAUGCAUCUCAUAUCAAAAGGCCACGGCCAUUGA